UAUGUAUAGAAUUUUUCAUGCCUAAAUAAGCUUACUAUUGAGCCGGCCUGGUUAGAGCACCACUCCCCCACCGCCCAAGAAUAACAAGCCGAACUCCUCAUCUCCAAGCCGUGCGUCCACUGUCCUUGCUUCCGCCGCUCAAGUUCCAUCCACCUGUGCCGGGCUCACACCCAUUUUCGGGUUUCAAAAUCCCUAAACCGUGCAUCCCCUCCGGCCACCUUCACUGUCUCGCUGCCGCUCUUUGCUGGUCAGCUUCUCUCUCUCUACACGCCCCAACCGCUCGGCCUCAUUUCCCCUCCUCUCUGAGUCGAACCCAAGCCCAGACAAUCUUCCCAAAGCCUCCAACCUUCAACCGGACCACACAUGGGGACAGAAAAUCCGUUGGCUGCUGGCGCGAAGCUCUGAACACCGGCGAUCUUCCAGAAACCUCCCUUGUUCACGUUGGGGCUUACAGCUUGUGAAUUUGUGCUGGAAAUACCCUCCUAUGCACUGAAUUACAGCACGUGAAUGCUUGCUGCAGAAUUUUCCAUGGCUGCAGGAUUUGCUUCAACAUCAUCUCGUGUCGGUCGUUCAUUGUUGGGAUGCCUCAGCAACAACUUGUCGAGUGUACUUGGCACAUCUCAAGGGAUAGCUUGCUGCAAUUUGUUAUUGCAGCAGCAAAGGACUUUCAUUCAGAUGCGAACUGUUCUUAAAGUUGUGGACAACUCGGGGGCUAAAAAGGUGAUGUGCAUUCAAGCUUUAAAGGGGAAGAAAGGUGCAAGACUGGGAGACACAAUUGUUGCAUCUGUCAAGGAAGCCCAUCCAAAUGGAAAAGUGAAGAAAGGAAAAGUUGUAUAUGGUGUGGUUGUGCGUGCCGCAAUGCAACGCGGCCGCUGUGAUGGCAGUGAGGUCAAGUUUGAUGACAAUGCUGUGGUGCUUGUCGACAAGCAAGGCCAACCCAUUGGGACAAGAGUAUUUGGGCCCGUCCCACAUGAACUGAGGAAGAAAAAGCAUGUUAAGAUUCUUACUUUGGCGGGGCAUAUUGCGUAGAAUAUGCCGAGGGACAGAGCCUAGCACGGCUUAACUAGAUUGAGCAUAUGCUUGGUUUGACUCUUGAAAUUAUAAAAAGAGAGAAGAAUCGAAAGGAAUGUCUCUUGCCCGUCGAUUUUCAAUCUAAACUUUCAAAUAAUGUAGUAGUUCCUGCCAUUGAUUUGCACUAUUCUUGCGUACUACAUAAUCAAAUUAUCAUGUUAGGUGGUGCGUCCUA